AUGGUUGCUUUCUCUUCUAUCCUCCUCGCUCUCGGCAGUGCCACCGCGGUUCUCGCCUCGCCCCUCAACCUCAUCCUGGAGGCUCAAGCUCAGGAAGAGUCUGCCAACCUGACUGCUCGCUCUACCCCCGCUGGCACUGGCACGAACAAUGGCUUCUUCUACUCUUUCUGGACCGACGGUCAGGGUCAAGUGACUUACAACAACGGCGCUGCUGGAAAGUACGACGUCCAGUGGUCCAACGUCGGUAACUUUGUUGCCGGCAAGGGAUGGAACCCCGGCGCCGAGCGCGUAGUCACGUACUCCGGUACCUGGAACGCUGCCAACGUCAACUCUUACAUUUCACUGUACGGAUGGACGCGCAACCCGCUGAUUGAGUACUACAUCGUCGAGUCCUACGGCUCCUACAACCCCUCUUCUGCUGCUCAGAAGAAGGGUUCCGUCACUUCUGACGGCGGCACAUACGACAUUCUCCAAACUACUCGCACCAACCAGCCCUCCAUCGAUGGUACUGCUACCUUCCAGCAGUUCUGGUCUGUCAGGACUAGCAAGCGUGUUGGCGGUACUAUUACUGUCAAGAACCACUUCGAUGCUUGGGCCAAGUACGGACAGAAGCUUGGUACGCACAACUACCAGAUCCUUGCUACUGAAGGCUACCAGAGCUCAGGAUCUGCUAGCAUCACUGUUCAGGGUCCUUGA